AGCUUUCAGGGGCUCUGUGGUCCUGGAGGCAGCGAAGGAGAGCUUCCUGCCAUCGCUUCGUGUCUGAUUUUUCACCCGAGGCCUGGGGGCAGGAUGUGUGGAACAACUGAAUAAAGCCUGAAUCUGACCUACUUUCCCAAGGCACAAACAUCUCCUCUGCGUCCCCCACUCCCAGACAGGUUCUUUGCAGAAACCACGAUGAAAAGGCACAAGUGAGCCGCUCCACGCGUGGCACCCGCACGCCCGAGCCCCGCUUUUGCCCUGGGAAGUUAUUCCGCCACGCCGCACCGCAUCAGUCCGCUUGCCUGGGACGGCUGGAAUGGCUGGUGCAGCAGGCGAUGGCUUUGAACGGCAGCGGUACCCUCGACAGGAGGAGGAGGAGGAGGAGGAGGCAGAAGAGGAGGAUGUGCUUGAGGGACGCGUGGAUCUGAAUGGAGCCCUCGACGCAAGUCGUCUCGCAGGGCACAUGGAUCGGUGGAACAUCUCUUCCUCCUCCCAGGAGAUCUUGGAGGACGUUGGACUUCUGGAAGAGCUGAAGGACUACCAAGAUCUUUUGGCAGGAGACGAACAGGGCUUCGACCUCGACGAUCUUCAAGAUUUUGAGUGCACGGGGGAAGCCGAACCUGGGAGUCCCCCACCCGAGGAUGAUGGAAGCCCAGAGGGUCUGGGUCCAGUUUCCCACUGGCAACAUCACGGAGACCAACGGCUGGUCAUCCCAGAAGAUGACCUGGACCACGGCAGCUCUGAGGACCUGGAGAAGCAAAGAGGCACGUGGGAUGGUGGCAGCGAGGCAGAGGCCUACCCUGAGCUUUCGUACGAAGGCCAGUACGGUUCGGAGUUUAGCGCCAGUCCUGAGGCACUGAAAGACCCCCUGGCUUUAUAUAAUUGCAGCAAAUCCUACAGCUUUACCUCAGACGGCGGGGAGGAGGUGUUAUCGGAGCACUCCAACCUCAGCCCGUCUCCCUCCAGGCCUCCUCCGGAGUGCACCCGCUUGAAAAUGGACGUCUUUGAAACGCUGAGCCUGUGCGACGACAGCCAGGAGUUUCCCGAUGAAACAGAGCUUACGUCUGCCUCAGGGCGAAGCCCAGGGAGUCACACGCUCAGUUCUCCAGAAGCUUCCACACGUUGGAGUUGUAGCCCCUUGGACCGCCUGCGUCAAGAAGUUCUUCAGAAUCUGCCCAGCAUCGAUGCUGAGACUUUCCCAGAAUCCUCCUGGGCAGAGAACCUGGACCAACCUGUGGGACCUGUUCUCAAGAUGGCCGCCGCUGGCCUCGCCCGAACGAGCCAGCGUUCUCCUUCAACUCCAGCUAAACCCAAGGGGAGACUUCUGAAUUCAAACGGGGCGGUGGAAAUGCCUCCGACCCUGAGGCAGCCGGGCAGAGCACGAGGACUGAAAGCAGACGUCCCUCGUGGGCUCCCGUCCAAAUUCAGCAGGCAGUCGAGGUCCCUGAGCCCCCAGAGGAGAACAGUCCAGAAAAGGGCGGGGCGAUUCGGUUCGCGUGAAUCUGUCCAAGAGAGUCAUCUGAGCCCGGUUUUGAGCGACGGCACACGGUACGGCCGAGGGCAGCUCAACUACCCGCUACCGGAUCUGUCCAAAGUGGAACCGCGAGUCCGAUUCCCCAGGGACCCCCAAAGGUACCAUCCUCCUCGAGGAAGGACUCCCCCUGCCAGGUCCAAAGAUUCUGGCAAGCCAGUGAUCUUCAAGUCCCCGGCCGAGAUCGUCCGCGAGGUAUUGCUAAGCAGUGGGGAAGGCUCCCCACCGAAAGGCCCGGCCCCCACGGUCUCCGUGAUUCCCGAGGAACUUAAAUCCCCGAGACAAGCCACGGAGCUGGUGCAUCAGCUUCAGGAGGACUACCACAGACUUCUGACCAAGUAUGCUGAAGCGGAGAAUACCAUUGACCGGCUGCGACUAGGUGCAAAGGUGCGCCUGUACGCUGACCCUCCAAAGCCCAGCCAUGGGGUAGAGAUGGGGACGGUAUCUCAGCCUUCCAAGGUCAUCACUUUCAGCAUCCCUCAAGUCCGGGCAGCUGAGGUCACAGGAAGGCCUGGCCCAGCAACGGAAGCUGUUUGGAAUGCCGGACAUUCUGGACUACAGCCGACAGGAUCCUCCUUUCAGGCUUCUACAGGCGCUGCCCUUCCUAGAGCAGAUGGCUUCACUUCUGCGGAAAAACCUUUCUCGGGAGAUGAGUUGACGCAAUUGUUAGCUGCCCAAGCAAAGAAAUUUCGGGUUCAGGUGGAAUCCUUGGGGGAGUUAAUUCGGACUGGAGAACGGACACCUCAAGACCAGCUAAAGGGGUUUGCAAGGCUAAAGGAAGCCCAAGAUGCUUUAGAGCAGGCGUACCUGCAGGCCCGCGAUGAGCACCGGCAACCGCAGAACCACCAGGGGACACUGGGAGAGUUUGACCUCAAUCGGGCGGUGGAAGGAGAGAUCUUCCAAUUGGAGAUGCGGUUGGAGGAGCUGAAGGAGGAAAUCGAAUCGACGGCAUGGAACCAGCCGGUGGCUCAGGACAGCUCUGGGGCUAACAUCACCACGUCUCUGCCCCAUUUCCCAACAGUCAUUUCCAAAUUGCCAAUGGGAUCGCCGACACCGUCUCUUCAGGCUCCAAUUCCAGCUGUCCGCACACCCUACCCUGAGGCCCCCGUUCCCAAGAACAGCCACUGCCAAGUUCAGGCAGAUGUGGAAGGGAGCUCUGUCAGUGACGAGACCGAGGAGGAAGGGGGAGGCCUGCCAGAGCCCCUCCAGCAAAGGCGCCUCCAAGUCGAGAAGGACUUUGAUCAACUCCUGGACCACUACAGCAGCUUCAGGUCUUUGCCAGAGGCGAUGAGCUUGGAACGGCUGCAUCACAGCGGACAUAACUUCUCCCCAGAGGAAACGGAUGGUGCAGCCGCAAAGGAUGCUGGGACAAAGGAUGGCUCCCUCCAGAUGGCGUCUAAAGAGAGCAAGGCUGCUCGUAUCUCCUCCACUUUGAAGGAGGUCCAAGAAAGAGAACCAGAGCUACCAGCAGGGAAGCCCUGGCAGGUGCCCCGUAAAAUCCGCACCGUGCCCUCUGCUCGGGUGGAGGAGUCCGUUCCUCAGGAGCCAGCGGAGAAAAGCAGGCCCUCUACUGCAGUUCCUGGGGCAACCUCCAGGAGGCGACAGGAUCCACUCUCGCCCCACAGCAGCAUGGCCAGUGUUGCGGGCAGCGCGGCUUCGGAACACGUAGCCCAGAAGUCUUUCCGGAAGACAAAUGCAGCCGUGCCUGAGGAUUUACGUAUUGUGUCCCCAGAGACGGACAGUGGAUUCGUUGGGUCAGAAGCCAGCAGGGUGUCCCCCUUGGCACAGAUGCCAAAGCACCGGUCAUCGCAAUUGAGGUCCUGCAGCAUGCUGGGAAAUCCAGCCACGACUGAAGCGUCCCUCCGGCCGGAGCCAUCAAGGGAACUACCGGUAGCCAUGGCUGCAUCAGGGAUGGACAUAUUGCCCAGGCACACGGCACCCGAGGGCAGCACCCAGAGGCACAGCCUGGCCAAAGGCCUCCCCUUCCAAAGCAGUUCCCCUCCCAGGUGGAGAAACAGCCUCGCCAGUGAAAUGGAGCCAGAUACAGAUAGCUCAGCGCACACCGAUUCAGAAGUCGAAGCGCGUCGACAGCUGGCCACAUACAAGGCUGCCCCCGAUGGGAUGAGACCAUCUCCUAGUUCGUCUGCGGCUUCCCCCUCCCCGCCCGAAAUGCGCCGCGCCAGCCUUCUCAACUCGCGCUUGGAGCGAGACCAGGCCAUUGCAGCCUUGCAGAGCGAAGUCUUACAGCUGAAGCAAAGUCUGGAGGAGACCCUCCACCGGCCCUACGGUCACCCAAAGCAGUCGUCUUCCCCACGUGCCACUAGGCUUCAGAUGCCAUACCAGGGCAGUGCCCGUGUCUCCACAAGUACCAGUCCGACGGGCAAAACCAGGAAAAGCACAGUUGAACCUGAGAAUCCAACGCUCACAAUCAAGCCAGAAGGGCAGACAGGGAGACUGUUGCUCCCCCGUGAUGGGACCCAGCAGAAUCUCCCCUUUUCAGAGUCGAACCGCUCUCUGCCAAUGCCCCGGAAAGGAAGACACCACGAAGCCUCUGCUUCUAGGACAAAAUCCUCGAACCAGCCCAUCCUCCGAGGGCCUUACACAGGGACGACGUACCCUAUUUUGAACCCGGAGCUCCGAGAACCGACGGCUCCCAGCGGCUCUACCCCGAGUUCCCAUCACCAGGAUGUCAAGUCACAGCUUGGAGAAGGAUCAGCAAGCUGUGACUCCCCAAGGGAUUCAUUCAACCUCCCCCAGCGCAGUGCUCAAAAGAAGGCUGAAGCCCCAUCACACCUUCUGCGCAACGAUACCAGGAACCCCAAGAACCGAACUGCGCAUGGGACAGAUCACGGCAGGACGAACGCCCCAGCGCAAAGCUCUGGAGCGCAACAGAAACACAGCAGCCAGCAUCAACCACAGCAGCCUGGCCUUUGGUAUCUGGCAGUCCCGCCUCCGGCUUCUUCGUUUGGUUAUAUCCCCACGAUUCCUCUGGCAUCCUAUCCUCUGUCAUCUAUAAUCUACUGUCCUCCAACAGCAGCUACCUCAACCUUCUCCCCUGCCGGUCUUCCCGUUUCCAACUCCAAGCGGCACCAGGAUGCAGAGCCGAAGACCUGGGCGUCUUGGCGGCGGCCACGAGCAGCUCAAUGCUGCUCCCUGACACCUGAUGACGCCGGCAGCUUGCGUGACCUGGACUGGUCUCUGAGCCGCGCUGUGGAAGCCGCCAAAGACAUGAAGUUUACCACCAAGCGGAUGAGCCGGUCUCUGACUUGGGAACUGAAUAAAGCCAGGAGUCUGCGGGGAUCCUGUCUCUUCUAACAAGAGAGGAGUUG